ACAAAAAUGUGUGAAGUUCAAGAGUUUCUCGAUGGCCUCUGCAAGACUUUUCGGAAGUUCAAGGAUAUGCGUCGUCUGGAGCUGGUCCAGAUUCUUAACCAGGUCCGUUGUUGCGAAUGUGGACACAAGAUGCGAAUGCAGAAUCUGGAGCUGCAGAGCCGACCUAUGAAGUCUUCCCCUCCAGGCAGGAUUCGAACCAUUCUUAUCAUCAGUUGUCUACUGUUACUCUUGCUCUAUGGAUAUAUCCUUCAUGUGGUGAGACGCCACAAUCAUAUGAGGGCAUAUGGAAGCAGUGCCUGUGAAUCGACCUUUCUGUACAAGUACACUGAUUGCGAAGUGAUUUACUGAUAGUGUUAAUAACUUAUAUUUCGUAUUAAAAAAAUAAAGAUUAUUAUAUUUUGCCAUUA